ACAGCAGCAGAAGAAGAAGAAGAACGACAACAAAUACUUCCGCAUAGUCACAGUAUUCAGCCAGGUUGUCAGAGGCACAGAGUAAUAUAAUGUCUAUGGUCAGAAGUAACCAACGUUAGGGUCACAAUAUGGCUAAAUUGAAAGACAAAAGACGAGAGAAAACCAGUGUCGCCAGUGAGAUUGACCGUUUAGAGGAGCGGCGGGCGCGUUGUCAAGACAACCUUGAGAGGGCUGAGUUCAGGACCAGAAAAGAGCCGCUCUCCGACAAGGCCAGGCAGGACCUGGAAGAUGAAAUGACGAUCAUCAAUCAGAGGGUGCUAAAGUUAGACAAGGAGCUGGAGAUGUUAAGAAGAGAGAAUCGGAAGAACAUGCUGCUAUCAGUCGCUCUGCUGGUUAUCAGUGCUCUCUUCUACUAUGUCUUUGUUUUCAAUGAAGAGGACUCCUUGUCAUGAAAAGGCUGAAGAGCUGUGCUGAUGAAAUAUCUCAGUUCUGCCUCUAGAUGGCAUCAUAGUGUAGCUCUCUUCUGGUUAUUAUACUGGGUUCAUCCUGCACAGUCAGAAACCCACCACAGCUUCUUGGACUAAAGUAACGCAUAUAUGAGAUGAUAUUAAGGUGUCUAUUCAGCUUGUAUACAGUCAGUUUUUAUUUUCAUUGCUGUAUAAAGACCUUACUGUAUAUUAUGAGAUUCAACAUGAAGACAGGAUUACAACCCAAACAGUUUGUCCCGCCUAAAUAACCAAUCAAAUAUUAAGUUUGCCUUUUGCCACAAAUAAACCAAAGUAAUAAUGAUUUUAUACACUAUAUUGAAGAAAUGCUUCAUCCAGUGGUGCCAAUUAAGUUUGCUUCUUUCUUUUUACUUGCGUAUAAAUGUGUGAUAAUGCAUGAUACACAUGUCGCAUGUGCAUUAAAUGAAUGAAAAUCUUUGAUACAUUCUGAUUAAAUGUAAGUUUUGUCGUUACAGCAAAUGGAGAACCUGAAAAAUGUAUUUUUUACUUAUACUCAUGGUGGCCAUACACUCAUCUCCUGAAAGCUGAAAGAUGGGAAAUGUCUUAUUUUUAAUACACAU